AUGGACCAUCCUCAAGCGCUGUUCGAUCGAGCCAUCUUGCAAUCUUCGCCCGCAUCGACGAUCCUGACAUCAUCGCAAGCUUCCAAAGUCGCCGAUGAUCUCAUCGGCGCACUACCAGCCGGCUCGACACCCAGCAACGCCAGCAUGGCCGAGCUGCUAUACAUCUGCGCAAGCCAAAGCUUCAUCGAAGAAUGCCGCGGCUCAACCUCGUCUUUGCGCCGAUGGCAUGGAACAAGUGGGAUGGGGGCGGUGUUUGUGGAUCUGAGAUUGGAGUCGUACGGUGUGCCUGCAUGGGCACGUCCAGGCGAUCGUCUGGGCAUCGCAGGGCCUGGCAACGUACGUCGACUUUGCUCAGCCCACUCGACGAUUGGCACACAGGUUGCGCGAAAAAGGGUUGGGAGGUGACGCUGUACGAGUUGGAUUUGGAUUGCAUGACCUUUGCACAGUCCUUGGAAGGCUGCGCAUUGCAUUGCGUAGAGUUGCCGCUGCUCUUUGGACAGCAAGACGCUUGGAAGCGCGCCCCGAUGCUUGGCGACGAAGCUUGGAGGAAUGUGCAGAGGAGAGGCAAGAAGUCACAGUUGGAAAGAGGCUUGGAUCGCUUUUGCUAA